UCUAUUUGAUAUCUCUGUAAUCCGACUUUUUAAUUCCCCCAAUCAAAAUUUAAAUAAUAAUAAUAUAUUAUUUGCGUGUACUCUUUGACCUUUCUCUCAAUUCGACAUGGAUCGUCAAAUAAAGAAACACCACACGACAUUCACAACAACGACGAUGAAGAAGAACAACAACAGUUCCAUCGAGAAACCGCCAUGGAAGAAGAAACCGACGACUCUCUUGCUUCUCCUCUCUCUCCUCACAAUCUCUCUGCUUCUCCUUCGUCUUUCCCAAAACAAAAUCAUCCUCAUCACCACUUCCUCACAAUCCGAUCAUCACCUCCGUCAAAACUCCGCCGGAUUCGGAGACGAUUCAUGUCUCGGCCGCUAUGUAUAUAUCCACAACCUACCUUCUCGAUUCAACAUCGACAUCCUCGACGAUUGCGAGUCGAUUUCGAGACCAAAGGACAAAAUCAGUAUGUGUAAGUACGUUGAGAACUUCGGAUUCGGACCUCUGAUCGGUGAAUUUUCCGGUGACGGAGUUUCUCAGUAUUCCCCGAGCUGGUACGCGACUAAUCAGUUCAUGCUUGAAGUGAUUUUCCACGAGAAAAUGAAGAGAUACGAGUGCUUGACGAGAAAUUCGAGUCUGGCUUCGGCUAUUUACGUACCUUAUUAUGCUGGUCUCGAUUUCCGGCGACAUCUACGGCGGCGUAACGUGGCAGUGAGAGACGCCGCCGGCAAGGAACUGUUUAAAUGGCUCAAAAAGCAACCCCAGUGGAAAGGUAUGUCAGGUAAAGACCAUUUCCUCGUAACCGGUCGGAUUUCACGAGAUUUCCGGCGAAACUCCGACCACAAAUCCGGAUGGGGAACCAAUUUGAUGCUAUUACCAGAGUCGCAAAGCCUCUCUUUCCUCACCAUUGAACGUAGUCCAACGAGCCCCAACGAGUUUGCAAUUCCUUAUCCAACCUACUUCCACCCGACUUCAGCCGUCGAGAUCAUCCAGUGGCAAGACAAGAUCAAGCUCACAAACCGGACGGUCCUCUUCUCCUUCGCCGGAGCUCAAAGACCAAGCAGAAACCAGAACGGUUUGGUUCGCACUCAAGUUAUCCAGCAAUGCAAGAGUUCUUCUAAGACGUGUAGGUUUCUUGACUGCGAUGUUAAAGCCAACGGCUGCGAUGAUCCGAUCAGUCUGAUGAAGCUCUUCGAGAGCUCGGUUUUCUGUUUACAACCGCCGGGUGAUUCGUUAACCAGAAGAUCGGUAUUUGAUUCGAUCUUGGCUGGUUGUAUUCCGGUUUUCUUCAACCAGGAAAGCGCAUACAAGCAAUAUGUAUGGCACAUACCCAAGAACGAGAGCGAGUAUUCGGUUUAUAUACCGGUUAAAGAGCUGAGAACCGGGGGAAAGAACAAAAUUGAAAAGAUUUUGCGUGGAAUACCAAAUGCGAAAGUGGUUGGCAUGAGAGAAAACGUAAUAAGAUUGGUUCCGAAGAUUGUGUACACUAAACCAAACCGACACAAACCGGAUGGAGAGACUCUUGAAGAUGCUUUUGAUGUUGCUGUGAAUGGAGUGGUAAAGAUAAUUGAAGGAACAAGGAGAGAAAUUCAAGACUGAGGAAAUGUUUUUGUAUAAAUAAUUAGACCCCAAAUUUUUUAAUGAUUCCUACAUUUAUUUUCGUAUUUAGAUAUUCACCUGUCUUGUAGAAUGUUUCCCAAUUCUUUCACAUAAACUAAAAAUAGGCAUUAUAUAUCUCUACUGAAGUACUGAGUAACUUAUUUGUUU